AUGCCUGCUUGCGGUUGCCCCGACGUCCCUCUUGACAACGGAGAAGUUCGUGCCUGUAGCUGCCAACCUUGCUCGGACGGCAACCUUCAGGCCUGUAGCUGCAACAAGGAAACUGGCUGCGGCUGCACCUCAUCCGCCUUACCCAAGGAGGCCGCCAACCGAUGUGUCUGCGCGGCUGCCGGAAAAGCGUGUUCCUGUGCAGACUGUGGCUGCAAAGAUGCUCCCGCCACCAGCGGUAGCUGCUGCUCGUAAACCCACCGAUCGCCC